AACCUGCGACACUUGCCGUUUUCACAAUCAGUCUUGCAUCGAGUGUCGUUCGUCAAGGGAGCAAACAUGUGGUUCCUCUCUGUAGAGGCACUGGUAGCGCUUCUGGCGCUACUUGGUGGCCUAGUGUACUGCGUGAUACGAAAACAAUCCUACUGGAAAGAUCGUGGUGUACCGCAUCCGGCUCCGGCGUUUUUCUUGGGAAGUUUUAAGGAUACUGGCCUCAAGGUACACUUCACCGAAUACCUGCAACAAUACUACACCCAGUUCAAGGGCAAACAUCCGUUUGCGGGCUUGUACAUGCUGAUAUCACCCAUUGUGCUACCGACCGAUCUGGAGCUUUUGAAAUCAAUCUUUGUCAGAGACUUCCAAUACUUUCACGAUCGUGGUACGUACUACAACGAAAAGCAUGAUCCGUUGACUGCGCAUCUGUUCAACUUGGAGGGUCAAAAGUGGAGAAACCUUCGGAACAAACUAUCGCCAACGUUCACGUCCGGCAAGAUGAAGAUGAUGUUCCCAACGGUUGUUGAGGCCGGUAAACAGCUGAAACUCUUCAUGGAAGAAAACGUUCAGAAGCAGAGUGAGCUGGAGCUGAAGGAUGUAAUGGCGCGCUUUACGACGGAUGUGAUCGGGACGUGUGCGUUCGGCAUAGAGUGUAACAGUAUGCGCGAUCCGAAUGCAAAGUUCCGAGCGAUGGGCAAACAGUUUAUGGAUCGGCAACCGUCCCAAUUCGUCAACUUCAUGGUUCAGUUUUCACCCAGGCUGAGCCGGCUGUUAGGCAUUAGACUGAUUGAUAGGGAAGUUUCAGAGUUUUUCCUGAAGGUGGUUGAAGAAACCAUCGACUAUCGGGUGAAGAAUGGUAUACAGCGUAAUGACUUCAUGGAUCUGAUGAUCCGCAUGCUACAGAAUAAGGAUAAUCCUGAGGAAUCGCUCACUUUCAAAGAGGUAGCCGCUCAGGCGUUUGUAUUCUUCUUCGCUGGGUUUGAAACGUCCUCCACACUGCUCACUUGGACGUUGUACGAGCUGGCACAGAAUCCUGAAAUUCAAGAGAAGGGUCGUCAGUGUGUGAAGGAUGUGUUGCAGAAGUACAACGGCGAGAUGACUUACGAGGCUGUUCAUGAUAUGAAGUAUUUGGAUCAGAUCUUGAUGGAGGCCUUACGCAAGUAUCCUCCAGUACCGAUGCAUUUCCGAGUGGCGUCGAAGGACUACCGCGUACCGAACACGGACUCCGUGAUCGAAGCCGGCACUAUGGUGCUGGUCCCGAUCUUCGCCAUUCAACGUGAUCCGGAACUGUUUCCCGAGCCGGAAAAGUUCGACCCAGAUCGAUUCAGCCCUGAGGAGGAAGCUAAGCGUCAUCCAUUCGCCUGGAUACCGUUCGGCGAAGGUCCGAGAGUGUGCAUUGGGCUGAGGUUCGGGAUGAUGCAAGCUCGCAUUGGAUUGGCAUAUUUGUUGCAAGGAUUCAGCUUCGCUCCGUACGAAAAAACCUCGAUACCGAUGAAGUUUAUUCUGAACUCGUUUGUUCUGGCUCCGAGAGAGGGUUUGUGGUUGAAGGUGGACAAACUAUAAUGGUGUUACUGAGUUUUCCGCCGUCUAUGAGUAAAAUAAAAGGCUUAAUUCUAAAGAAAAAAAAA